AUGGAACAGCCCACGCGUGUGCUCACUUUCGAGGUGGACGAUGAGAGAACGGCUUCCAUUCUGAGCACACAAACCAAUGGAGUUCUCGAUCUAAACAAUUAUUCGAAGGAUGACACUGCUUGUAAAGUCAAGGUGAGAAUAUUUCUCCGGCUUCGCUUUUGCCCCCCCUCGGGUUUUGCUGAGUACGAUAAAUUGAGCGUAAAUAACAUGCUUGCAGGGAAGGCUUCUGAUAGAAGCGAGUAUUACUGUGAAGGCCUCAUCGUCAAGUAUCCAAAUGUUUUUACAAGCACUAUCCAGGAACUGCAACCGGCAGCCGAAGAAGAAAUAA